AUGUUGUUUAUAUUGCUUUCUUUGGCCUUACUUGCUACAAAUAUUGUUUGUUACCCAUUCUCAGACGAGAUUCAUGAGUUUGGAGUAGCACUAAACAUGACUAACGUUGACGUGACGGUAACUUAUAACGCAAUCAAUAUGUCAUUUACUCAAUUCUUAUUAUUGCAACCUGAACAUGCGAAUAUAACUUUAUAUAUGAGUUAUGACAACAAUGAACCUAGAGAAACCACCGUCAACGUUGACAGUGACGAUGGCUACGAUGUUGUUUACCAAGAAGUAUACAAUUAUGUUGGCGUGAAUGAGUCGUCUAUUUCCCAGCGUAUAACCAGUUAUCCUCAGAAAAUGAAGUCGGACAAAACGAAUAUGGUGAUUAUAAUAUAG